AUGGGGCAGCUUCGCUCAAAAGAUGGAUGGCUGUAUGCAACUGCUUACCCGCGAACAGGCGACCAAGCCAAGCCAAUCUGUUCGCAGUGCCAGAAAAAGGACCGACCAUGCCUUCGAGAAGAUCCAUCCAAUCGCCUUAGGAUCAAGCCUUAUCAGAUACCAAAGAACAGGAAAAUAUCCAAGGACGCUCCGGAUCUAGACCAUGAUGAAAGAUCUCCUCUUUCGGAACACGGAGCGGUGGUUGCUAAUACAACCAACCCGGAGCACAUUAACAACCAAUUCUAUACUGGCUCCUGUAAUAAAGAAUAUCACGAUGCCUCAGUAAUGCCACAGUACAGCACGCAGGAGACAAAUACCCACACCAUGCUUCCCGCGCCUCUGAUGGCCUCUCCAGUCAACAAUAAUACAACUACCUCACCCUACUUCAGCGCGGUCCCAAUCCCGAUCUCCCAGCUGCUCCGAGCCGAUCCUCUAAGUCCAUUGUCUCCAGCUUCGCCAAUACAUACCGGGUCUCCACUGACCUACAAGGAAGCUUACCUUGUGCAUCACUUUGCAACGCACCUCGGCUAUUGGCUCGACUGCACUGACGCUUCCCGCCAGUUUACCCGGAAAAUCCCCAUCCUGGUCAAACAAUCGCCGAUCCUGCUGCAUGCCGUGAUUUCCUAUGCAGCUCGACAUGUCGGAGAUGCUGAAAUGGCCGAGCGAGCGCAUGAGCGUUGUGUGGAGCUACUGAUCCCCUGCCUGAGCUCGGAGACAGUAGUCGAUGAUGAUAUUCUGCUGUGCGCAAUCGUUAUCUUGCGGGUGUUUGAACAGUUGAACGUCAUGGUAACCGGGAACGACCAGGAGCGUCAUCUAGCCGGCUGCUCGGCUCUGCUCCGGGCGUCGCAAGGACGUGAGGUGGAUCCGUCUACCCCGGGGCUGCGGCAGGCCGCCUUCUGGGUGUACAUUCGCCAAUGCCUGUACAAUGCCUGUGUACAUCAACAAGCACCUAAUGUGGAUCCGAACUUGGCUCUCAUUCCUCCCCCGAGCGGAGGUGACCCCCUGAGCGAUUUGAGGUCUGAAACUGCAUGGGCCAACACUAUGACUUGGAUCUGUGCCACAGUGGUAAGCUUCUGCUUUGGAUCAGCCCACCCUGAGCCCUCCAGUAGAAUACGUCGAUGGCAAGAGCUAUCCGAAACUGUCGAGAGUUGGCUGAGCAACCGACCGGGCACGUUUGACCCAAUUUGGUACAGCGAAGCGGUCCCAGCGAGUGGAAACCCAUUCCCGGAGAUAUGGUUCACGGCGGACUGGCAUAUUAUGGCAUUCGGCUUUUACCACCUGGCCUGUAUGCUUCUGGCCAUCUACAAGCCAUCGCCGAAAUUUGCUGUCAGGGGACUGCAUAGCACUCGCGAAUCCGAUGUGAGUUCUGGCUUUUGCUGUCGAGUAAAAGGGUUGUUGUUAACGCCAUCAGAUCCGAGUCAUGAUGCACGCCCGUGCAAUCUGUGGGGCAUGCAAUAG